AAACACAAGCACAACACAACACAAACAGUUCGUGUUUCGAACUCGUAUGGUUGGUUAGUUUUUAAUUUUUAUUGACCUAAAAAUGGCAAAUUUGAGACAAACUCCUCUAACAUGCAGUGGCCACACUCGUCCCGUCGUCCAUCUCGAUUUUAGUGCCGUAACGGAGUGCGGAUAUUUUUUAAUAUCGGCUUGUAAAGACGGUAAACCCAUGCUAAGACAAGGUGAUACUGGAGACUGGAUAGGAACUUUCGAAGGCCACAAAGGCGCCGUAUGGGGAGUUGCCCUAAACGCUCAAGCUACGAAGGCGGCGAGCGGAGCCGCCGAUUUUACGGGAAAGGUUUGGGAUGCAGUGACCGGCGAAGAAUUGCAUUCGUUCCAACACAAUCAUAUUGUUAAAAGUGUCAAUUUUUCCAAAGAUAGCAACUUUCUGGCAACCGGAAGUAACGAAAAGCUGGUCAGAAUUUUCGAUUUAAAUAAGCCAGAUGCCAGCCCGACAGUAUUUUCAGGACACACUGCCGGUGUACGACAUGCGUUGUUUUUCCGAGACGAUUCUCACUUGAUAUCGUGCGCAGAUGAUAAAUCCCUGAGAGUUUGGGACAGAGUUUCUGGAAAAGAAGUUCAAAAAUUGGAAUUUUCUGCAGUUCCAAACAGUUUGGAAGUGUCAAGGGAUGGCAGCGUCAUCACGGUAACCCAUAGCAACAACAUCACGUUUCUAGAUUCAGGUUCAUUAAGCAAAAUUCGAGAAUUUCCAUUGCCGACGACAGCAAACUCGGCAUCUCUUCAUCCAGAUAAAUGCAUUUUCGUGGCCGGUGGUGACGAUUUCAAAAUGUAUAAAUUCGAUUAUACAACUGGAACGGAAAUUGAAUCUUUCAAAGGCCAUUUUGGGCCUGUACACUGUGUAAGAUUUUCACCUGAUGGAGAACUGUAUGCGUCCGGAUCCGAAGACGGCACUUUAAGAUUGUGGCAGACAACUGUAGGUAAGACGUACGGGUUGUGGAAAUGUGUUGAUGGACCCCAAUUGAACAAUGAACCAUUAUCGCCACCACGAGAAGUGUCUGCAAGUUAAUUAUGUUUCUUUUGUUAUUUCGCUAUAGGUACUUCUUAUGGAUGCUACAAAUUUGUUUACAAUGUUUAUACAUAUUUCAAACUAUUUAUUUAUUUCACUGGUGUGAAGUUAGUCGGUAUACUGUGAAAAUUUUGAUAAAAUUAUUCCAUGUGAAUAAAUUUUAUAUAUUGUUUCUUUUA